AUGGCAAGCAAGCGGCAAGGCAAAGGUUCCAAGAUGAAACAAGACUCCGAUCUUAAAUUAUCAAUGGGUGGCUUGAAAAAAACUGGAUCCACAUCGGGGCCAAGUAGUAGUGGGAUAGGUGGCAGCAGUAGUAGUAGUGGUGGCAAUGCGGGUGCAAGCAGCAGCUCUCAUUCCUUAAACAUCCACAAAAGAGAACGAGAAAUGGCACCUUCAUGGAGUUCAAACAUCAAAAGGCAGAAGUUAGGGCCAGUGAUGAGCUUGUCUGGUCAGCAAUCAUUGACCACACUCGGUAGGCCAGCUGAUACCUCGGAAUAUCGAUCGUCUCCUGUCCAGAUGUAUCUCUAUGAGGAUAUCGCUAUAGAUGUUGAAGGUCAGAACUUAGUGGCUCUGGUAAACGAAGCGUUUGUGGACUACGAGAGGAUGGAGGGACUGUUGUGUGGGGCGGUGAAACACUUGAAGGCCAACAAGUUGAAGCCCGACCCGUCCAUCUACCUGGCCGUCAUGUACCUCGCCAGGGUCAAACCCACCCUAUUUCAAGGCGAGAUGAUUACAGAGGCCUUUUGCAGCUUGCUGAAAAGAGAUCCAGGUUUGAGUUUAAAAGUAAAGAGUAAUAACUUAGUGGCUGUUCUUGCUUGCAAUGUUUUCAUGUCUGUUAUGCAAGAUGAAGACUCUUGGCCCGAGCAUUUUGUUAAAGCAACAGCAGCGGCUACAUCAACGACAUCGACGUCAUCCUCAUCGUCGUUGGCGAUGACGUCAUCAUCUAAUGACAACAAGAUGGAUGAUUCAAGCAGUCAACAAUCUCAAGAUGUCAUUUCCUACCCCGUCAAACAAAGCAUGGAGCAGUAUGCCCUCGACGUCAUCAGGGACCAGCUAAACAGACGCCAGCCACUGGACGGUGGCUCCAAGAAUCUCGUCCUCACCCUCACCUACCUUUGUGGCAUUCCUGAUGUCAGGGUGCUAGCUGGUCAGAGGCUUGAUAUGUGGCUACAGAGUCCUAAGUUGAUGAAAGUGGCACAGGACCUCUUGAUGUCCGUCUGCAUCAAUUGUGACCCCGUGAACUGCGCCAGUGACCUUGAACUUGUCAACACCUUGGUCAGAAUCAGGUUCAAGACUAAAGCCCUCUCACAGCACUUCAAUCUUUGCAUCAAAGAGCUACUGGAAAGCAAUCCAGAUAACCUGGCAACUCUCCUACAGCAAACGAUCAGCAACGAGCUGUCAAGCGCCAGGAGUCCCAACAACAUGUCCCUCAUUCUUGUCAUGCUCCAACUCCAUCCUGAACAAACUUCCAAGCUACUGGCCGAGACGUUUCUGGACUGCAUGAUGCUUCGAGAUGACCACACGAAGGCGCUGAGGUCACUCGUGAGAGAGGUCGUUAAGGUCUCCAAGUCGUCAGAGUUCAACAUCAGCAGUUUCGUUUUCAACCUCUUGCAGGAUCGCAACACGGGCAAGUUUCGCGAUCUUGAUCCAAUUGUUAAGGAGCGUUACAUGAUAUCACUGAUUGAUAUCGUCUCCAUGUGCAUGCUACUCUGCAUCACACCAGCCGUCAGGGAAGCGGCUUCUGCUGCUGCCAGGCUCGAUAUCAAAGACAUUGAGGUCUUGAGAUGCUUCCAGAAGCAGAUAAUGUUCAUGCAGCGAGAUGCAGUCUGGUGGCUGCACUCCAUCGUCAUCAAGAUGAUGAAUGUCAAACCGAACGAUUAUAUCCAGGGUUUGAAGAAAGUGCUGUUUGUUGAGAAACCAGAGGUCUAUUCGAAAAUUGAUAACUGGCCUCCUGAUAAUGAUAGGAACCUAAUGAUAAAGUUAGUAUCUGAAGUGCCCAUACUGGAAGAUGCCUUGUUCCGGAUCAUCUUGAUGGGAUUAAACACCAAAAGUCUCCACCUUAGUAUUUUGGAGCUCAUUGAUCUGAUCGAACUGCUGGUUAAGAGAGCUGCCUCUUUGUAUUCUGAAGACUUUCCAGUGUUGAAAAUUGACAACUUGACAUUCAUUGAUGCCCUCCUCAACCUCUGUGCCUACAGACACCCGGAUUUCACUGCUCUGCCGGCUGGUUAUAAGGCUCCUUCUUUGGCCAUAAGUUCGUUCUAUUGGAAGGCUUGGAUUAUUCUGCUCAUUAUAUCUGCAUACAACCCUGCUACAGUCGGGCUGAAGGGCUGGAGUUCCUACCCAACACUCAAAUGCUUGAUGGAAAUGGUGAUGACCAACACCUUCACCUUUCCACCAAUGUCGAUGGUUGAUGAGGAGACUACGGCUGAUGACAUCAUCAUGCAGGAGAAACAGAUGGCAGAGUUUACAAGGCAGCAGACGCUGGAGUACGAGUGCCAUUUGGCGGGCUCUGUGAUGAACGAGAGUAACAGUCGACUACUGCCACAAGUUACUCGCAUGGAACCCGAGUUAGUUCUUGGUGGUGGUGGUUUGGGGGCCUCUCAAUCUAUGCCCUGGUUGAAGGAGCUCGUGGAAUCUAAUGAUAGCUCACUUGAGGUCUUGCCUGUUCAGUGUCUCUGCGAGUUCCUCAUCCAUCACCUCAAUGACGCUGCUGAAGACGCUGCUUCUGCUGCUGCUGCUGAUGAGGAUGAUGAUCAGAUGAGGGGGAGGAAUGAGCAGAAACUGAAGAAGCAGGAGCAGCUGUUGUCUCGACUGCAGAACCUCGUCUGGACGACGUCAGACGAUCCCCGGGUCAUCGACCUCAUCAGACAGUCACUUGUCUAUUUUUUUCAGCGUCUCAGUUCAAAUCUUUCUUGUACGAGGGCUCAAUCUUCUAAGUGUUUAUUUUUGAUACUUGGGAAGCGAAUGCCUCACUCGGAGGAUGACGACUCCAUGGAGCUGGAGUUUGCUGAAAAUAACAACAAUAAUAAAAAUAAUAGCAAUAAUAAUAAUAAUAAUAGUAAUGGUAAUAAUGACUUGGCGGCAUAUGAUUGGCUGCUCAGUAGCCUGCCACAAAUUUUCCAUUUCGGUGCCAUCAAGAAUCAAGCUUGUCAGGUAGAGACGAGCGUGCCAGCAGUCAGUGCCUACAUCAUGUACCUGAGCAAGUUUUGUGCUAAUAUGGAGCUUCAUGAACUCGAUAGCUUGGUCUUGGACAUGGCACAGCUGAUCGUGGAACGACCUUCCAUUGUGGCCUUCCUAUUACCACAAGACUUCCACCUCAGCAGCAGCAACAACAUCACUGACGAUGAGUUGAAUGACGUUGUGACGAAGGGAAGAUCGCUAUCGUCGUCGUCGUCGUCGUCGUCGCUGAGGGCGGAUCACUUGGUCGAGGCUUCUUUGAUUCAUCUCUUCUGCUGCUACCUCAGCAAGGCGCAACAGCCACAGAAUGAAGCUUAUUCCUGGUCGAACACACAGGACCAGAUAUUGUUGCAUUGGUCAUCUGGUCAGUCAGCCAAGAUGAACGUGUUGGUGGUGCAGGCUAUGAUCAUGCUGCUUACCUUGGGCCCACCUAACUGUGAGAGUAGGUAUAUGGAACUUCUGGAGGCCUGGUUUCCUCUGACCGGUUCAACUCCGACUGCUUACCUGGUUGACACAUCCGAGGAAGCCCUGCUCGUUCCUGAUUGGCUGAAGUUGAGGAUGAUCCGGUCAAACAUCACCAGACUUGUCGAUAAUUCCCUGGCUGAUUUAGACUGCUCCCAACUCAUCCUAUUCAUCCAAUCGUUCGGCAUUCCUCUCUCGAGUAUGGACAAGUUGCUGCAGCUGCUUGACGUCAUGCAGGAGGGCAGGGAGGAGGACGAGGCGGAGAGGGACGCCCUGGACAGGGGUUACAUCACUCAGCUGGUCGAGGUCCAACACAUGAGGGGGGCUUCCGGAGGGGAGCGAUUCUAUAGGCUGAUCAGUGGAAACAACAUCAACGUCAUCAGUGACGUCAGCAAGGCUAAAAGUGAUGAUGACGUCAUCGUCAACGACAUUAAGAACGUCGUCAGUGGUAGCAACAACAACGUUAAAAACAACAGCAGCAACAACAUUAACUACAAUGCUCCCACCAGUAAGACACCAAAAGAAGCUCUGCUAAAGUGCCAACAAGAGGAUAUGACCAGCGUAAAUGAAAUCAAACGACUGCUAAAUGAGAUUUUUGUCGAUGAGAAGUUACCAAAGAUCAAGAAAUAUGAUUCAUUCAGAUCCUUGCAAAAAAUUCUAAACACAAAGAAUGGCCCAAAGAUAUUUAUAUCCGUUUUAUCAGAAGCAUCAUCAUCAGCAGCAACAUCAUCGUCAUCAUCAUUUAACACGUCGCUAAUCAAAUCACUGUACAAUCAAUUUAAUCACUCUUGUCUAGUAUUUCGACUUGUCAUACCACAUAUCGACUUGUCUCAAGAUGACAAUAGGCAAGUCUUAAACCAGCUCUGCCUUCGUGCACCCGCUAAAACUCACCCACUGGCCAGCCUUAUAUCAUCAUACAUCAAAGAACAUACAUCAUCAUCAUUACAAUCAUCAUCAUUGUCAUCGCAAUCAUCAUCACUACCUCCUUCGUCGUCGUCGUCAUCGUCGUCGUGUCAGCUGCAGGCGUCGCUACCACCAGCGCCACCAUCGCCACAUGUGGUAGCGAUAUCGUCGUCGUCAUCAUUGUGUCAGAUAAAAGUGACGUCAUCGUCGUCGUCGUCCUCAACGCCGCCACUCAUAGCGAUUUCGUCGUCGUCGUCGCUGGUGGCCAAUAAUGAGAUGUCUAUGGAUAUUAGUGACGACAGCCAAAAUGGUAGUCGUGGUGAUGGUGAGGGGGACAAGGAUGACGAUGAUGGUGAUGAUUUUUCGGAUUUUAGCGAAGAAAAAAUACGGAAACUAUUAGAAAAAGCUCUAGACGAUCCGAAUAACAUGGAAAGGAUGGUGAUGAGAGUCGUCAACGCAUUCCUCCAACAAAAAGUCCUUCCUCCAUAUGCCUCUCAAGUUAUCUUCGAUCUCAUUGGCCAGUUUAAAAAUAGGAGAUACGCAAACAUAAGACUCGGCUUGCUACUUGAUUGCAUUGAGCCAGUCAGUCCAGGGAUUGUUCAGCGACAAUCAAUCAAACAACUCGUCAAGGUGGCCUUUGCAAAACACCAACAACAACAACAACCAAAAACACUAAAUCAACAAAAAACCGACGAUGAUGAUGAUGAUAUGCGUACUGAUAAUGAUGGUGGUCGUGAUCGUCGGGAUGGUCACGUGCCCGGUCAGGAUGACGACGAUGACGUCACUAGAAUAUAUUCAGUUGGCAGUUGCACAUCCCUAUUUUCGUCACCACCGCCGUCGUCGUCCUCGUUGCAUCACCAUUAUUUGCUGUCUCUGAUUCUGCAUAGGAGCGGCUUUAAGAAUAUUCGACUCGUUAUCGACAUGCUGCUGACGUCAUCAUCUACGUCAUCAACAGCCGAUGAUUCGGAUGAUUUCAUCAAGAGUCUAAAUGCAGGUCUCAUGUUGGACUUCCUCCAUGCCUCCAUUCAACUACCAGCUAUCUGGCAAGGCAGGGAUAGGAUAAUCUCCAAGUAUCAGCCAGUUGAAGAUAUCCUAUCAUUGAGCACCAAUCAAAUCGAGGCUCUCACGUCAUUGGUCGUUAGAGAUUUAACCGACUCAUCUCUCAGCCAAUCACCACGGGCCGGUUAUGGUUUUAUGAAAAGCGAUUGGAUGAAACGUUUGCUGAGUAAGAGGGUAAACUUAAUUGAGAGUUCCUGUGGCGGGCAGAUGAAUAAGCUGCUGGCUGUCGUUAAGAAAUUGUUCGCCAUCUUGAAUACCAAAGAUUCUAAAUAUCGGGAAGGCGUCGUCGGAGGUUCCAAUGACGAUCCUGAAAUAAUGGUGGCGAAGUUAUUGCUGUGGGAGAUGUACCUGAGGUGUCCGAAGGUCUUCGCAAGCCGCCAACAACAUUUCAACAACUACGACAACAACAACAACUCCACAAACAACAUCAACAACAACAACAACGGAUACAUCAACAACGACACCACAGGCAACAUCAACAACAUUAAUGACAUCAACAAAAAAGACAACGACAUUGACUUUGGUUUCGAUGGUCUAAAUGUUGAUGAUCAUGAACUACUUGAGACAAUUGUACUCCAUGAUUAUAGCUAUGUACUCAGCCACAGGAUGCUGAUGAGUUUGAUGGACAGUACUUCCGGCAGACAGGGGGAAGAGCAGAUGCUUAACGCGAACGUGGCCUGCCGGAAGUUGGCUUCUAAGCAUCCUCUCAUCUUUCUCAGGCAACUUCCGCUGAUGUCGUCACUGCUCCAGGGGCGCGCCCAAUACUCCUACACGGAAAUGAAGAACAGGAACUACUUCCUCUUGUUCACUCACUCACUCAACAUCCUCGACAUGCUACAACCACAGUUGUUCCACUUGCAGCAUCGGAGAUUUUUAAUUCACGGCUUGACCCACAAACAACUCGGUGGCCUCAUUAAGAAGUUUCUAGAACUGGUUGACAGUUUCCUAAACUAUCAGUCAACCCAACAUUCAGAUAAUGAUGACGACGACGAUGAUGAUGUUAAAGAUGAUGAUGACAAUGAAAAUGGUGGUAAUGAUAAAAAUGGCGCUAAGAAAAAAAAUGAUGUCAAUGAUAAUGACGUCACGAAGAAAAAGAGCACUGAUGGUGAUGAUGUCGAUGGCAAGCCUGCUGGUGGUGAUGAUGACGAUGGUGGUACAGAGAUGAAGAAAGGUGAUGAUGAUGAUGAUCGUAGAGAUGAUGAUGCGUUUUCUGUUGUACAGCAUUACACUCCCCUAUUGAAACAACUAAGCGAACAGUAUGUGGACCUCUCCAUCAUCAGCUCCAUCCUCACCAAACUUGUCCUCCACCAACACAGGCGAGAGCAAAAACAAUUCAGCUUUUUCGCGCCAACAACAACAACCACAUCCGUUUCCGCUGAUGAUGAUGAUGAUGAUGAUGAUGGUAGUGACGAUAAUAGUGCAGAUAAGAGCAACGACAAAACAACAAAACCAAUUUUCAAAGCAGCGACAUCCAGCCACAACAAAAACUUUAAUAAGCCACCAUCUAAAUUAGGUCAACCAUCGAAACUAGGUCAACCAUCUAAAUUAGGUCAACCAUCUAAACCUGUUCAACCACCUAAAUCUUGCCAAUCAUCGAAAUUAGAACGGCCGUCGAAAUUAGGUCACUCAUCGAAAUUAGGUCACUCAUCGAAAUUAGGUCAGGUGAUGACCUACAAAUCUCAGUUGGCGCCACUGACGUCACACGCGAUACCUCACAACCAGCUGAAUGUGCUGAAGCAGAAGCUAACGAGGAGCUUGAAUGGUAGCCACCGUGGCGACCUGGUUGACGGGCUGAUGGAGUUGGAUGAGUUGUCUAAGAUCAAAGUGGAAGUUCUAGAACAUUUUAUCGACAACAUAAACGAGCUGCUGAUGGAUGGGAAUGCGAGGUACAGGGAGUAUGCCCACCUUCUCAUGAUGAGGAUCGUCAGGUUCAAUCCCAGAUUGAGUGGGAGGUUUAGGAGGCAGAUGGGGAAGUGCCUGGAGAGCGCCAACUUCAGCGUCAUGGUCAGUGCUCUCAACAAUCUCAAGGAAUUCGUUGUCCUCAAUCAAGCACAUGCCGCGGAGCUUCUGAGAAGCGCUUUUGUGGCUGGGAUAUCGCUGCAAGUGGACACGACCGCAUACAUCGCUCAGUCCCUGCAGCUACUCAAUCUGGACAUGAACGCCGGAGUGUGA